UGGCAUACCGUUGGCUUCUACUGUUGUUGGCUGCUAGUGUUGCGGAUGCUGUGUGUGCUGCACAUCUCUCACAGGCACUCCGUGUUUCAACCAUGUUUCGAAAGAGAUGUCACCAUUUAGAGUCACUAGCAGGUUUGCCAUGAUCAGGAAAUGGAUGAGCAGCUAACUGGUUUCCUGAUACCCACUGUUACUGUACUGGAUCGUGUUGGCCCUUGUAUAGGGUCACUAUUGAUAAACAUUAGUAGAACAGCAUGGACACAUGUAUAGGUUAUUCAGUGGAGUUAGCGCAAUGCCAUGCUUUCCCUAAUCCUACCUUUAGAUAUAUACAAGCAUACAGUGAAAGCCCGGCGGACAGCAGACCUGUGAUCGGCGCAGGUCGACCAUGCAGUUCCACGCGAAGCACGGCUCGGCGAUAGUGCUCGUCGACGGCAACACGCGCGCCAAGCGCACGCACGGCUUCUGCAAUGCCGUGACCUUCAGCAGCCGGCCGCUGGAGGUCGGCGAGUUUAUGUCGCUCGACGUCACGAAGACGACUCUGUGGAGCGGUGCCGUGCGGCUCGGCGUGACGAUACGCAAGCCGGACACGCUCGAGUGGCUGCCACGCUAUGCCGUGCCCGACCUGACGAGUCGGCCCGGCUUCUGGGUGAAGUCAGUGCGCGAGCAGUGGCUGAGUGACGGCUCGCGCAUCACGUUUGUUGUCACUGACGACGGCAACCUACAGCUGUUUGUCAACAACGUGCACAAGUCGACGCUGCUCUUCGGGCUGCCCGUGCACCAGCGGCUGUGGGCCGUCAUAGACAUCUACGGCAAUACGGACUCGGUGAGGAUCAUUGGCAAAGACGAGGCGCCCGUGGAGAUUGUCUCGCGAGGACGCGAGGCGAUGCGCGUGUUCCAGCACGCCUCCGCCUCGGGCACGACGCCCGUCCAUCGCACACGCAUCAUGAUAGUCGGACCUCACCGCGUCGGCAAGACGCGUCUCAAGAGCGCCAUGCUGGGACACAGGGAUAACACGGGUGCUCUCAGUACUGAUGAGAUUGACAUGUCAGCUAGCUGUGAGGUACUGCUUGAUGAUGGCGCUGCCGUGUGGCUCUCUCACAGCAAAGAUCAGCAUCCACUGCCUCCUGCCAAUGGAGUCACUAAGAAAUCUGUCAACGAACAAGAGGAAGGCCAGGAUGAAGAUUAUUCAAGGGCGGUGGCCACGAAUGUCGUCCAAGAGCUAAUCGCACUGAAACGGCAGAAGGAGGAAGAGAAACGGCAGAGGCUCGGCGAUUCUGAAUUCUCUAUCGACUCAGAAGAAGAGAAGCAGUUUCAGAUAGACGAUUACAAUCGAUUUGAAUCAUCCAGGUGGGAUCAGGAUAAAACGGAGAAAGAAGGGAUAGGUAUUAAAGCAGACAUGCUUAGGGAAUUACCUGACAGGGUUGUUGAGAUUGUUGAAGAGAUGCUUCAGGAAGGCAACAAGGACAGCAAUAAAUUGUUGAACGUAGAUGAUAAUAGACAGGAGAGUGACUGUAUUCUGCCGCAGUUGUCGAAGAAACUUUUGCUAAAAAUCUGGGACUUCUCUGGAGAAGCUAUACAUUACACCAUUCAGCAAGUGUUUCUAUCAGCACGAGCAGUUUACCUGGUUGUCUUUAACCUCACCUGUGAUCUUGACAAGCCUGCUGUCGUGCCGACGAGAAGGCAUGUCAAUGGAGAGGAAAUACUCGGCGAAGAGGCAAGCGAGCUGAGCAACCUUGACGCGCUCUGCUUCUGGCUGCACGCGAUCCACGUGAGCGCGUCGCGGGCCGACGCCGCGCGCGCCGCCGCCGCAGCCGAGGCGUACAGCCCGCCUGCUAUCAUCGUCGGCACGCACCGUCGCCAGCUCGCUGACACGGAGGUCGCCCGAUGCAACCUGGUUGAACAGAAAUUCAAGAGAAUACGAGAGCAGAUACGUGACAAGCCUUAUGCCAAGCAUGUGAUCAAUACCUUCUUUGACAUUGACAUCUGCGAUGAAAUAGACGAUCUAAUGAUUUCAAAGCUAAAGAGCCGUAUUGUGGACGUGGCCAUUAAAGAGCCAUACAUGGGUGAACAGAUUCCUUUAAAAUGGCUGAAAUUUGAGAGAGAAGUCACGCGACUGGUCAACCAGGGUGUCAACUACUGUUCGCUCCAUCAAAUGAGGGAGAUCGUUCAGGAGGAGGAGAUUGCACUCGAGGAGGACCUCGCGACGAUGCUCAACUUCUACCAUGACCUCGGCGUCGUCGUCUACGUCGGCGGCGUUGGCGCCAUCGACGACUGCCUCCGCAACACCGUCAUACUGCAGCCACAGUGGCUGCUCGACGUCUUCAGGCGCGUCAUCACGGUCACCGACCUCAAUGACCAGUGGCCACAUUUCAUGGAUUCAUGGGGGAAGCUUGAGCGUGAGGGAAUCAUAGAGGACCGUCUGCUAGACCAUAUGUGGGCUGACAUCAUAGAACAGAAGUCUGCACUCAUAGGCUUCAUGGAGAGGUUCGAUCUACUCUGUGAGCGGCAGCAACCUACCAAUCUAAUGGACGAAGAGGAAAAGGAUUGGGUGAAAAGCUACUAUGUGCCUUGUAGACUGCAACAGUGUCCGGACACUAAUGGCCUCACCACUGCCGGCAAACAUGAUGCCAUUUUCUAUUUAGACUUCAAUGGAUUCAUGCCAGAUGGCAUCUUUCAUCGCUUGCUAAUCAGAGCUGUGCGCUGGAGUCAGGAGAAUGGAGGGCGGGAGCCGAAGCUCUACUACCGCGUCGCACGCUUCUACGUCAACGACGAACACGACUUCGUGCUGGAGAUGUCCAGCUUGCAUUAUUCACGAAUAAAGGUGCUAGUGCUUCGAGUUGCCGUUCUGGAUGAUGAGGAGGAGCAGGAUAUGGAAGUUGGCACAGACAACCUUCCUCCCCCGAAACCCCACGCAUGUGCUGAGGUGCGCCGCUUCCUCGAGCUCGCACUGCAGGACCUGAAGAAGGUGUGGAUGUGGCGCAUCAGCUACCGCACGAUGGUGCAGUGCGGCUGCAGCCGCGAGUGCGCUCUGCACCGGCGCGCCGCCUGCACCGAGCAGUCCUGCGUGCACUUCCUGCCGCUGGACGACUGUCUGUCGAACAAGGUUGUGAGCUGUGAUCACCGCAGAAUUAAAACGGCACCUUUCAGAAAAAUUUUCCCCUCACCGACGCCAUUUGUAAAAGAUGGGCCCGUUAUUGAGGCCAUCAGCAAGGCUGUCAUAGCCCAGCAGGCAAGGAACACUGAGUCGGUCGUGACGGAUCUGCCGCACUGGGUGAGAGGGGCUGCGAAGAUGCUGAACGCCGCCACUCCGGGAGCCGACUGGUCCGCGCUUGCCAAGAAGCUCGGCUAUCGUAAGGAGAAGGUGCGUGACUUUGAGGAUGACAUCAACCCGGGUCUGGCACUGAUCGUCGACUGGGUGCAUCGCGGCGGCAACAACGUGGCGUGCGCGGACGUGCAGCCAGCUCAGGUGUUUCUCAGCUACUCCUGGGACGUGCAGGACCAGGUGAAGGUGCUGCGCACGCGUCUGGAGCAGGCUGGUUUCACCUGCUGGAUGGACCUCGGUCAGAUGGGAGGUGGAGACUACUUGUACAGCAAGAUAGAGUUGGCUAUCCGCGAUGCAAAAAUGGUAGUGUGUUGUAUCACUCCUAAGUAUGUGAGCUCAUACAUGUGCAUCAAGGAAGCGAACCUUGCUGACGUGCUUCGUAAGCCCACGAUCCCGGUCAUGUUCAAGAAAACACAGUGGCCGCCUCCUAACGGUCUAGCACUUGUCUUUCCCCAUCUCCUAUACAUAGACCUAUUCGGUCUUGGUGGCCACGGUGGAAGCGGCAUUCAUGCUGACUUUGAGGCUCGAAUGGCCGAGGUCAUUUACCAGGUGGCUCAGUACUCACAACCAGCGUUGCCAAGGAAACACCUAGCAGGCUAUAAACCUGUGCAUUUCGAGCUACAGGAGAAGAUGAAUGUAUUCAACGUGGAGGCUGCCACGUUUGUACGAGAUUCAGUGACCACAGCUUCGGUACAUGGCGAGGGAGACAUUCACGGGACAGGGAGAACGCUAACGCCUGUCACAGUGGGAGCAGGUAUACCGGUAGCUAACGUGCAACGAUGUACAGUCUGCGCUAUCUUGUAGUAAAAGUCAGUGUAAGUAGUGUCUUGUGCGGGGUUGUAGCAUACCCCAUGAAUCUCUCUGUCUCACUCUAUAUAUAUAUAUAUAUUAUACAUAGUAUCAUGAACAUUCCUGAACAUAUCUUUUUAAUACUACUGUAUUGGUAUGUUCAUGAUAGUUUGCCUAUGUUCAUACAUAUAUGUAGUAGCUAUGUUUGUUCUGCACGCCACUUCACUUCUUGGUGGUGGGGGACAAGAUUGAAACCUGAAGUAUCAAGUCUUCACUGAUGAGGACAGAGUAUAUAUUUACUCGGAGACGAUUAGUUAGAUGAGAAGAGACUUGAUUCAAAUAAAGUGCAUCUGUUAGAAUGCGCGAUGAUGAAGAUCUACACGUUAUUGACUGUGAUAUUGCAGAAUCAUCGCAGCAACCAAAUAAUAGGUCCUUCUGUUAAUAAUAGAUUCUGAAGACACUACCCGAUAUGUAUCUAAUUUUAUAUACACUUGCUGUUAUCGAGUAUAUUGUACUAAACCUGGCAUGCGCGUGCGUGGUGGUGUCCGUGUAAUAACCAGUACCAACUUGUCGUUUUGGGGGAAAAUUGGUGGCUCGUGAUUGUUGGAAUUUUAACACGCAUUUGGGAACUCUUGAAAAUGGGAUUGAAGGGAACCUCACAAAGAUCUUUUAAUAAACGUUUGCAAUCCAAUGUAUCCCGACCACAUAUUUUCUACUUUGAAAUGUUAUUUCAUAUAAACGUGUACAAUAUUAUUGAAGUUGAAUAGUGAAAUGGUGGAAUGAGGGGGUCUCCCAUUACAGACUACCGAUAACAGAUUUGUUGAAUCUACCUAUCAGUAAGAGGGAAUAUUCAAACUUGGAUUUUAAAUAUCAUGUAUUGACAUGUUUUGGGGGAAAAUUUCCUGUAACGUUAAUGACAAUGGCUGAAUUGAAAUAUCACCGUAGUGAGGUCCAGAGUGUGGUUAAUCAUAUACACGAAAUGGUGCGCUGCAAUCUCUACUGAGUAUUGUGUAAAUGCUUUUGCUGCAUUAAAGAAGUACCACGUAUGUGUAACUCAAAUGUAACAACAUGGUAGUUUAUAUCAACAAUAGCUUGCUUUUCUAUAGCUGAAUAAUUGUCACUAAUAUGUCCUUAUCUUCGGGAGACAGCCAGGCAAGGUUAUUUAAUCUGCCUUUACCUUACGUGAUACCACUUAUGUGCAGUUUUGCAUGAUUUUUAAACAUGUCGAUACUGGUGACAUUCUGUUCAAUUUCUGGGUAUCAAGAUUCUAAAACGGUGAUAAUAAUAUGGUUGUGCCAUAUGAAUUGUGUGUUGGGAUUUUGCAGCGGUUUUUGCUGACCAACUCGCAUCCAUCAUUUUAAAAUAAUUUACAACUUCCAAAUUUUGUGAAGCACGCCUUAGUAAUAUUUAGUGAUUACCACAUGGCCAGUAAAUACUUCUAUCCCCAACUUCGCCAGGUCCUCUGUAAGCAUAGGUAUUACUGGUUUUAUAAAAAAUUGAUGCCAGUGUGUGAUACUACCAAAUCAAAAGUAAGUGUUCUCAUAUAGCUAGCGAAUGAGCAAUGUUGUUGUAACAUAUUGCUGUACCGUACAUAUGAUCUAUCUCUGUACGUGUGUGUGUGUGUGUGUGUGUGCGUGCGUGCG